GGGCCGUCCGAGUGGAGGGCGGUGGCGUGCGGCCGGUGCCAAUGGGCAGGAGGGAGGUUUCUGCGAGACAGGAAAUUAGAGACCCUGAAGGGUUGGGUGAGGUAUAUGAAUGACCUAAAGCUGCAAAUAAAGACGGGGAGAGAACGGUGCCAACUGGGAGCAGGGCAAGGAUGCCAAUCCCUCCUCCCCCCCCACCCCCGCCUGGUCCUCCCCCACCUCCCACUUUUAAUCAGGCAAACACAGAACAGCCCAAACUCAGCAGAGAUGAGCAGCGGAACCGAGGGGCCCUCUUACAAGACAUUUGCAAAGGGACCAAAUUGAAGAAGGUGACCAACAUUAAUGAUCGGAGUGCUCCUGUCAUUGAGAAGCCCAAAGGGAGUGGUGGUGGUUAUGGCCCUGGAGCUGCUGCUUUGCAACCCAAGGGAGGUCUCUUUCAAGGAGGAGUACCGAAGCUGCGGCCUGUAGGAGCCAAGGAUGCUUCAGAGACUCUAGCUGGUAAGACAGCCCUGCAAGUCCCCAGUUCUCGAGCUGCUGCUCCAAGGCCUCCAGUGUCUACAGCCGGUGGGCGUCCUCAAGAUGAUAGCGACAGUAGCCGAGCUUCCCUGCCAGAACUGCCCCGGAUGCAGAGACCCUCUUUACCGGACCUCUCUCGACCCAAUACCACUAGCGGUACAGGCAUGAAACACAGCUCCUCUGCUCCUCCCCCACCACCCCCAGGGCGGCGUGCUAAUGCGCCCCCAACUCCUCUGCCUCUGCACAACAGCAAAGCCCAGGCCUACAACAGGGAGAAACCCUUGCCUCCAACACCUGGACAAAGGCUGCACCCCAGUCGAGAAGGACAUCCUGCUCCACCCCCUGUAAAACCACCUCCUUCCCCUGUGAAUAUCAGAUCGGGACCAAGUGGCCAGUCUUUGGCUCCUCCCCCACCGCCUUACCGCCAGCCGCCUGGGGUACCCAAUGGGCCCUCAAGCCCCACUAAUGAGUCAGCUCCUGAGCUGCCACAAAGACACAAUUCUUUGCAUAGGAAGACACCUGGGCCCGUCAGAGGCCUUGCACCUCCUCCACCCACCUCAGCCUCCCCCUUUUUGUUGAGUAACAGGCCACCUCCCCCAGCCCGAGACCCUCCUAGUAGGGGAGCAGCUCCUCCACCUCCACCACCCAUGGUCCGAAAUGGUGCCAGGGAUGCUCCCCCUCCCCCACCACCUUACCGAAUGCAUGGGUCAGAACCACCGAGCAGAGGAAAGCCUCCACCUCCACCCUCAAGGACGCCAGCUGGGCCACCCCCUCCUCCACCACCCCCCUUGAGGAAUGGCCAUAGAGACUCCAUCACCACUGUUCGUUCCUUCUUGGAUGAUUUUGAGUCCAAGUACUCCUUCCACCCAGUAGAGGACUUCCCUGCUCCCGAAGAAUAUAAGCAUCUUCAAAGAGUAUACCCCAGCAAAACAAACCGAGGUGCGAGGGGGUGAAGACAGUGUCCAUGAGUGUGUGCAGCACAGAAUUGCUGCCCGUGGAGCCCCACCUCUGCCACCUAUUCUCAGGUGAAGCCUAGCUUGUUCCUGCUCCUCAGGAAAAAGAUGGACCUCCUCUUCUCAGAUGGUCCCCCCAACCCUAGAACCUGCAUGAGAGCUCCUACAGUGUUUCUCCAGUGCGACCAACCCUAGACUCUAAGCAUCCUCCCGGCCCAGCUCCAUCUAUGCAUCUCAUCUCUGGACUUGGUGAUUGGAUUCUUUCUGUUGGCAACAGGGUCUCAAACCCUGUAUCCAGACCUCUUCCAGCAAGCCCUGCUAGCCAGAAGAGGAGAAAGCUCCAUGUCUCCUGCUUUCUUCCAGGGAAAGGUGCCUUGUUAUGGUGAAUGGACUCAUGUUGGGCAGGGUGGAGAAUGGACCCCUGUCUGCCAUUACUCACCAAGGGGGGAGUGUGUUGUGUGUUUAUAUUCCAUAGUUUAGGAGGUUGGUGUGGCCAGGACUGCUGAGGAAAGGGUACUUUUUGUGAAGCAGGGAGGGGGUUUGCAGAGAAGUGAUCUGUUUUAAAGGUCAGGUUAUAGAAAGGACAAGGAAAUGGAGCUUCUUCAUUCUUAAGAGCGUUUUGGUUUUGUUCUUAACUUUCUUCUACCCAUUCCGAGGGGUGAGUUGUACAUACACUAAAUACUAAUCAGUUGAACUAAACAAUAAAAGAAGGGGAUGAGGUAAACUGAGGAUCAUUCCAGAGCUAGUCAGCUCUUCUGCAACUAAGGGGCCAGGGCCUUCUGAACUCCCUGGGACCCUCGGCCCUUCCCCGGGGUGCUAGGCUGAAGGACGUCCUUUCCCAGUCCCUCAAGGGAAGAGUUGCUUUUUGUUGGGUGCAUUAUUCACAUUCCCAAUUCAGAAACUCCAGAAACUUCCUCUAAGAGAUGAAAAGAGGGGAUGAGGACCUUAACCUCAAUCUUAAAUCAGCCUCAGUUCUGUCUGAUUAACCCUGAAGUGGUCAGCAGCCUUUAGAGUCCUUCAGCCUUGGAGAAUGCUCUGGGGAGACUAAGGCAAGAAGGAAGCACUUGAUGGGAGGGCCUGGCUCUGGGGCUGCAGAGGUCUCGACAGCUUGCUCGUACCCAUCUCAUACCCCUCUGACACAGCAGGCUCUUCUUGUUUUCUCUGCCACCCUACCUUCCCAAGACUGCAGGGGCUAAGACCACAGAGUAGAAAGGGCACAUUUAGAGUCUUCUAAACCAAGAAGCACAAAGACUUAGGGAGGUAUGCCUCAGUCCAUCAGUGGGUCUUCCUUGGCAGCCAGCAAUACAUUGUUCUUUGUCUUCCAGGUUGUAGGUAAACAGCACAAGAAAAAUGGAUGUUUCAACUGAGGUUGGUCUGUUGGACAGUGAGUGUCUCUUCUCUGACAGCAGUGUGGGGCACCAGGGACUCCACACACCAGAAAAGUUGGUUUCCUAUAGUCAUAGCCUUUGGCAAAGGCUGCUCAAACCUUCCAUGACCAUGGGGAGACCAGGUGGUUCUUGGAAUCGAUUAGGGGAAGCUAGUUAAAAACCUUCAGAUAUGUCACAGGGUUUAACUGUCAUAGGGACCUUUCUUUUCUUUAUUAUUGUUGUUGUUGUUAUGACUAUUAUUAUUUUUUAAGACAGGGUUUCUCUAUGUAGUCCCGGCUGUCCUGGAACUUGCUCUGUAGACCAGACUGGUCUCAAACUCAGAGAUCCACCUGCCUCUGCCUCCCAGGUACUGGGAUUAAUGUCGUACACUACCACACCCGGUUCAUAGGGACCUUUCUAAUCUAGUGGAACAUAGGCUAAGGAUCUGUGCAUGAUGCCAGGUGAAACCCAAAUCUUCCAGUGCUGGUGAAGGUGGGCUUAACUUGGUUUAUUUAUUUAUUGGGUGUUACCCUCUGCCAUUUAUCUCCUGGACCACUUUGACUCUUGGGACAGGCAGUGAUUAGAUGUCACUAGACUUCUAAUUGUUCACUGUUUAUCAUUCUUCUUCUCAAAUACCUUAGUCACCUCCCAGGAGUAUCCCCAGCAUCCUGAUGUGAACAGAACUGAGAGAGGGAGAAGAUCUGACCGUGCAAGAGUUCCAGGGUAGAUGCCAAUUGCUGAACUUUGACUGUGAAGUCUUCCCAUUUGUUUUUGAAAUGGGAGUUGAUGCCUUUUGUACAAUGUUAUCAAAGUGUAUAGAGAUUUCCCCUUACUGAAUCAAAGAACAUCAGAAUAUAUAAUAUAGCAAAUAAAGCCAAACCCCAGCUUUUCACUGGGGCUGAUACCUUCCUCGACAUGACCUGCGUCCUUCAUAGUCCCCAGAUUUGGACUAUGUCAUGUGGGUAUUGGUUAUAUUUUCAUUGUCUUUGCCUAAUAGAACAACAACCAAAAAAGACCUGGGUUUAGAUCUGAAUAAGAGCAUGUUGGUGAUACAGCACCUAAUUUAAAUGUCUUUGCCUUAUACAUCAAUUGGUCCUGCUUUAAAAACAGAUUUAUUACCGUGUAUAUUUGCUACUGAAGAUGGGACUGUGAUCCUCCAAACUGUUGGUCUAUUUUGUAUGUUGUACAAAGCUUGUAAUACAGGUUUAAGGUGGGCGGGCUGCAAGAGCACUGAAAAAUUUCCCUUUGGAACUGCUUUUUUUUAUCUGCUUAUGGGAAUGUGGUCUCUUCAGUGGAAGAUUGGGUGGUCUCACGUUGAGGCUGUAGCCUAAUCCCUUUAAUUCCCUUGUCCCCUCCCAAAGAAAGAGAAGAGACAUUGCCCGGCAAAGCAGCAAGAAGCUUUGUCAACAGCUCUCCUGUGGGUUUUGUGGGAUUUUCCCCUAAUAGGAAACACUAGUAGCUGUUUCUUACUGUCCUACCUGAAGCUGGGCAAUGGCCUCUGAUUUUGCAAUGAGCUAGAUGCCCCUCUUUCCCUUUCUCUAGUCACCAAACCUGGACCAAAGUACUUCGAUAUUCCAGGUGUGGCUUUUUCCUGUGGAUUUACCGCAGCUACAGAGCCCUACCAUUUUCACAGCCUAGGCCAAUUGUGUGAGCAGCUAGGGCUAUCCCAGCUGAUGGAUGUGAGGCUGUCAUCGCCAGGAAUUCGUCCCUGCCCCCUUUCCCAGGAAACUAGUCACUGGCAUUGCACUAGGGGAAUCCCCUUACCCAGUGACUUCCCAGCUUGAAACCCAGAUUUACCUCCAGGGAGAGGUGAGGA